AGUGAAGGCAGUCGAAGCCAAACACGCAAGGAGGGAUGAACUCUCGCCUCAUUCCCCAACGAUUUUAACUCCUAUGGCGCUUUUAUUCUCGAAGUGAAGAGGAAAACCAACGAGAGCAAGAGUGAGACAUGACGUGGACUGAAGAGAAGCUGAGGUACUGGUGAACAUGAGGGAGAAUAUGGACGGACUGGGGACAGGUCCGGGUGGCCCGAGACAUCCUCGAGGGAGGACGUUUCCCAGUUCUCCAAUGGCAGCUAAGGGCCACCUUCCUUCUCAGUCUCCUGUGGCCCUUGGCCAGGAGUGCACCGAGGGCUUGAUGUGGGCCGGUCCCGGGUCAAACUUUGUUGCCGACCACUUUACAGACCGGCCCGAGAACCCCCCCGAGCCGGCACACAACCAGCGGCGUGGCAAGAUCACCCGAAUCAAGCUGUCCAAGACCCCCAGCCCCUCCAAGGAACACACUAAGUUCUUUGUUCUCCCUGCUGGAGGCAUGAGCGUCCCCGUGCCAGAUCUGGACACGGAACACAACCUGCGGGGCACCAAAAGCUCCAUAGCUGCCCGUACUGCCCCUGAAGGGAGGGAGGGGCCCUCCUCAGGUGGCCAGCUGCCUCUGGGUGUGGAACUGAUUGCCGGCCGCAGUCAGAUGAGUCAUCAGCCAGAUGGGUCUAAAGGAGGCUCAACCUGGGCCAAAGUGAAGAGCCUUCCACCCUCACACACACUUGCUAUGUCAGCCUCACUUCUAAAGUCAUACUUCACAUCCUCCUCCUCCUCCAACUCAUCAUCAUCACCUUCCUCCUCCACCACCUCGUCCUCAUCCUCACCAGCCACAGAGAAGCAGCUGCAGCAACAGCAACAACAACAACAACUGCAACAAUACCAACAACAACAACAACAACAGCAACAACAGCUUCAGCAGCAGCAGCAGCAGCAAGCUAAGAGUGCUGCCUUGACAAAUGACACAGAGACAUCAGUCAAGACAAAGAUGCUUGGUCUGUGGAACAAUGUGAAAUAUGGAUGGACAGUCAACCUCAAGACUAAUUUCUCCCGAGACUCCCCUGUUUAUCUGCUAGGCUCGGUGUACCACAAGAGCCUCGGGGCUGAUGGGGAGGAUGCUGACCAAAUUGAGGUGGAACGGCAUGGGAUGGAGUCCUUCAAGCGGCACUUCCACAGCCUGGUGUGGUGCACGUACCGCCGGCAGUUCCCUACGCUGCAGGACUCCAGCCUCACCACAGACUGUGGGUGGGGCUGCAUGCUGCGCUCCGGCCAGAUGAUGGUGGCUCAGGCACUCAUCAGGCGCUUCCUUGGCCCUGAGUGGAGGCAUGACAAACGAGGCACUGAUGUGGAUUCACCAGAGGAACACGUCCACCGCAAAAUCAUCCGGUGGUUUGGUGACUCCCCCUCCCCACACUGCCCCCUUUCCCUCCACAACCUGGUGCACCUUGGCCACAAGCUGGGCAAGCGUGCUGGGGAUUGGUAUGGCCCGGCUUCUGUUGCCUACAUUUUCAAAGAGGCAAUUGAGAUGGGAUCCAAAUACAUAGCUGACUUGAAGCAUGUGUGUGUGUAUGUGGCCCAGGACUGUGCGGUGUAUAUCCAAGAUGUGCUGGACCUCUGCUUCUCACCGUGUCUAUGCAAAAUGGGAUCCUUUUACAAUGGGGUAUCAGAAGGCAGGAACGGGGCAAGACAGAGAGCUGCAGUAAACCUUGAAACCUCACGCUGGCCAGUACCGUACAUAGACACAGUGAAUACCCAAGUAAAUCUUAUGGACACCACUGCAAAUGGCACACACAAAACUGAAAAUGUUUGUGUUUCCGAAAAAAACUCAGGUGGAGAGUUAAAAAGCCCAAAGAGGAUACCAGGGAAUAUGUUGUGCCCAGGGUGUGAUAACUGGAGGGCUGUGGUGAUCAUGGUGCCUGUGAGACUUGGUGGGGAGGCAUUGAACCCUAUCUAUGCACCAUGCAUCUACUCACUCUUCACCCAUGACCUCUGCAUAGGAAUCAUCGGAGGAAGACCUAAGCACUCCUUAUACUUUGUUGGAUUCCAGGAGGAGUCCCUGAUUCACCUGGACCCUCACUUGUGCCAAGACGCCGUGACCGUCACACAGUCAUUCUUCUCCCCGUCCUCCUACCACUGUUCCUCCCCACGUAAGAUGGCCCUCUCUCGAAUGGAUCCCUCGGCCACCCUUGGUUUCUACUGCCACUCUCGCACUGACUUCCUGCGACUGAUGGAGGACUUGCCAGAGCUGGUGACCCCUAAGGAGCCUGGAUUUGAGUACCCGAUCUUUGAGUUUGUAGAUGGCUGCUGCCCAGAUGCUGAUGCGUGCACUCGUCAGGUGAGCACUGAGGACCAACUGGCUGCCUCUCUUCCUUCUGACACCCCUCUCCUCCCGCAGGACUCCGAGGAAUUUGUCUUCCUCUGAUGGGGGUUGUGGGGUGAGGAUGUAGGAAAGGAAGUUAUAUUUUUUCAGGUCUCAAGAGUUUUGGUGAGUGUCUUGUCAGUGUUAAGGAGAGAGAGAAAGUGUGAAAGAGAUGGAUUGAUUGUGGGAAAGUAAUUAUUUACCACUCUGCUUUCUUGGUCAUACCUCGCCUCCCUAGUGUACUUAUGUUGUGAUUUAUUCAUUUACUGAGCUUAAGGUGUCCUCAAGGUGCUCGGCUUGUUCAGGUUUGCUCCCAAGUCUCGUUUAUGAUCACUAGUGGGCAAUUUCUUUGCUCCUGUUUUUUUUUUUUAACUGAAUAUACUACAGUCCUUUUUGCAUAGGUUACUUCUGUACUCUCAAGGUUUGCUCUUAGAAAGUGUCAUUUGAGUGGUUAUUUUAAGUUAUUCCUGUGCAACUGUGUGAGGCCUUCAGUGUAACCUGAAAUAUUGUGCAUAUCCAGCUUAGUGUUCUUAGUUAUUCACCCACUCGCCUACGCCUUAAGUUAUUGACGUCCAGUAACGCCGUGUGUGUUGAUGAAAAUAAUUUAUUUAGUUUAUGAUGUGCCUGUGUAGAUAUUAUGAUUAUUGUUGUUUAGAGGACAUAUCUGCUAUCAUUUCUUUAAUAUAGAAAACUCUCAGGGCCAUGCACAUGAAUUCACUUUUCAGUGGCAGUCACUGGCCACUGAAAAAUGGAGGCAAGAAGUCCUUGGCAAUACUGCAUGCAUAGAUCACAUGCAUGGACUCAGCAUGGGUCUUGAAGAAGUGGAGUGUAUUAUGUUGUGCCUUCAAGACAAGACAAAAACAUUGAAAAAUGAGUUCACUCCGUUAUCAUUUUUAUGUGUCUUAUAGAUCUAUUUCAUAUUCUUUGAAGGUUUAUGAGCUUACCCAAACUGAUUAUUAAAGUCAGAAGGAUUGAUGUUUGUUUGGCUCUGUUAUAAAAAGCUUGGUGUUUCAGCACUUCUGUCAUCAACACUUCACAGUCAUUAUCACCUUGUGUCAUUAUCACCUUGUGAGGCUAGAAUGGUGGUGAGAUAGCUCUGCUAACUAUGUCUGUUAGUAGCAGCACACCAUGUUUCAGUGGCCCUUGUGCAAUCUUUCACUUGAAUGGAAUGGAAGAGUGCACCUGGAUGAGCCCUGGCCAGCCACCUUGGUGUAGCCGAGGAAGUAGUCCCACACUCCCUGAAUGUAAUUGCUGCUGCUUUGAGAAUUGUCUUUUGUGCAGUUACUGAAACAUGUGCAUCAAAACAUUGAAACAUACUUGAAAAGUGGGAGCCAUGAGCCACUGAAAAGUGUCUUGUAUGUGAGAGCCCCAACUUUUGUGCCUAUUAAGACCAUUAGUAAUGUGUACAGAUGUCGAACUUCAUGGAAGAGUGUAACCAUUCUGUUGAUUUGAAUAACUUUUUUCCCUUAAGCUAACAAAGUGCAUAAUUAAAUCUUUUGAAUUCCUCACAUACUGCACUAAUAUGGUUGGUGGUGAUGAGGGAUACCUGUUUGUAGAUCUGUUGCUUCUUAUGGUGAUGAUUGGCUUAACCAACAAGUUAUUUCUACUUGUGCCAGCCAGGUUACCUGCCACUACUUCUGUACUCACAUCCACUCUACCUUUAUGAAAAGUAUGAGUGAAGAUGAUUUUAAGAGCCCCUCAUAAGGGUUUUCUGUGGUGUCAGUCUACCUUGGCUGUCCUCCCCUUGUCUUGUUGACGGGUGGGCUUGCAGUUGAGCUUGAAGGCAUCUGUUUCAUGGGAGAUUGAUUUUAAUGGCAUGACUGGUUGUCUGUGUCUGUAAUUGUGUGGCUGUAUGAAUGUCUGGUUGGGUAGGUAGACUGGUGGCUUACUUGGACAGAUUUGCAUUCAGGUGAAUGAGUUGGACUAGUUUGCAUUCAUGCACAUGUGUAAGUGUGUACCAUCUGGCCAUCCUGUCAUCAUGCCAGCACACUGCUGUGCAUGGGUGUGUGUGUGUGUGUUCAUGAGUUAGUAGGAAUAUACUUGUAUGUUCACAUAUGCCUUCAUGUGUGCUGUGUGUUUGCUAGUGACUCCACCAUCAUACCAACUAUUUCACUGCAGGACUUUGAUUACUGUAAAUUUGCUGAGUAUUGCUGAAUGAAGCAGAAUGUAUGCAGUGACAGAUGGUGAUUGGCUUCAUUUGCUAUUAGUUAGUCCUCAGGAAUAUGAAAGUGACAAUUUAGAAUAUGUAGUGAUUUAGCAUUUAAUCAUCUAUUAUACCAAGGAGAAAAGUAUAUUUACUGAUAAAAUAAAGCUUAACACUGAUGUGGAUGUGAAAGGAACCAAUGUUUCCAUUAAAAUCAUUAUGAUGGAGGCUUAAACUAUUGAAGUUAAGAAGGCAGAUGUUAGUGUGUAAAGGAAGUUCAGUGCAAUAAGAGGGAAGUUAACCCGGUAUUUAUUAAGAGAGACUAGUCCUCUCUCAAACUUUAUGAUUGCUAUUUAUUUGUAAUUCUGUAUUUUAUUUUGCUACAAGCUUCAGUAUAUUAUUGAAUAUUCUCAGUAGGUGAAAUGCAGGAAGCCAAGCAUCAAGGCCAUAUACCAACAAACUUUUGUUGUGUUGUUAACCACAUUAUUUUGGCAGUAGAGGACUAGUCUUGUGAAUCAGAAUCUCCAGUCUGUUUAGGGCCUUAUUUGUUAAAGGUUUACUAUUUGUGUGAUACUUAUAGUACUGUUCAGUGUGUGUGUGUGUGUGUGUGUGUGUGUGUGUGUGUGUGUGUGUGUGUGUGUGUGUGUGUGUGUGUGUGUGUGUGUGUGUGUUACUGAUUGUGGUAAUGAUCAAGUGCACACUUGAGAUGUUGCCCAAGUUGUCAAGGUAGAUGAAAAGGAACAUGAACCAAGCUACAUAUUUGAAUUUGCAAGAUGCUUAGUUGAAUGUAAUUUAUUUAGUUUUGCUAAUUAAUGUGAAUGUGUGCCUUUUUCUUAAGAGUGGUGAGAUUAGUGAUGAUAAUGCUAAGGUCUCACAACCUACACACUUGCCUCAUACUUUUGGUCUGUGCCAUGCCAACAUCUUCAGCAAUGAGGUAACCACUGGAAAGUGACAGAAGGGCUUAGCCAUGACACAGCAAAAUUGCAACUCACUGAAAGUUAUUGGUGAUGUUCUGCAUUGUCAGGAAGGCAAGCAGACAGAAAUGUUAUAAACCUUUGAAUAACAGUUAAGAGGUUUUCAUUGAUACAUCACUCUUAUAUCCACAAAGGAUAGAAUCUUGAUAGCUGUAAUGAGCACAAUCUUUCAUUUAUCCAGACAGUUUGAACUUGGCAUUUGUCAUGUUCUAGUUUUUACUUGUGUGUGUAGUUUGCAUGUUUGUCAUGAUGGCUCGGUAUGAUAUGUCCAGUGGUAAUUGGGUCUCAAAUUUGGACGUGGUCUUAAUUUAUCUCUGGUGGAUAUAUAGUUAUUAAUGUGUGUAGCUGUGCUGAGCUUGUUUUCUGACUUUUAAUGAAUGGGUGGUAGGCACCAUUUUGCUUCUCCCUUGUGUGAUGACAAAAAUGAAAGCACUGUAUUAUCUAUUGGUUUUUAUUGGAUAGUCAGCAGUUAUUGUACACACACACACACACACACACACACACACACACACACACACACACACACACACACACACACACACACACACACACACACACACACACACACACACACACACACACACACACACACACACACACACACACACACACACACACACACACACACACACACACACACACAGUUUCAUUAUCCAUCAGCACAUAUCAAUAUUUUGGUGUGAUACUGUAUUUUCAUCUCUUGUGUAUAAUAUGUAUAGAUAAUUGCUUGCUUCCAUAGUUAUGAUUUUAUAUAUAUUUCUUAUUAUGUAUAUAUGAUAAUGUAAUACUGUGCAUACACACACACACACACACACACACACACACACACACACACACACACACACACACACACACACACACACACACACACACACACACACACACACACACACACACACACACACACACACACACACACACACACUGCUUGUCAGCUCAGUGAUAUUGUUCUUGACUGUGAGGUAUUAUGGUGAAGUGGCCACAGGAUUUGUGCUGGUGAGCAAGCAGUUAUGUAAUGGCCUUGAGCAAGAGGAUGAAGUGAGUGGAGUGUGAGGUCAUCCUUAUCUUUAUAAAGUUCAGGCUACAUACAUGAACUCUAAGCUCUGUGGGAGGAUAUAGUAGUUGGUGACAGCUUUCCUUACUUAAAUUGACAACAAGCUAUUCCUUAUCAAGAAUACAAGCUAUUCCUUAUCAAGAAUAGGUAAACAGAACAUGUUGCAUAAAAAGUGAAGAAUUUUAUUUUAUCUUAAAACUUUUUUUUUCAAUACACAUACAUUUUGUUUUGGUUUUAGUUGACUUGCAGAUUUACACAUUUUCACAGGAAGGGAGUGAAAGCCAGUGUAGGAGUGUAUAUGAUCCUGUAGACCCCCAUGGGGCAGCAGGGAGGUGACAGCCACUUGCCCCACGGCUUGAGGCACGGGGCAGACUGAGGUAACGUUUUUGGUGUUUUAUACUGCCUUUUUGGUUUUAUUGAUGUGUUCUCGUGUUAGGUUGAUUUAUUUUGACUUUCAGACAAGGUGAAUAGGAUUUUAUCAGGGAGUGUUGUGAUAGUAGAGUGAUUAUUGUAGUGUGUAUAUCACAAAGAUAUAGAAAAUGCUACCUAUGUAGAUAUCCUAAAAAAUAAGAUUUGAAUAUUUUGAAUUUCUGUGUGCUUCCCAUAUUUUACUUUUGCUACAUUUCUUGUUCCUUCUUUACAUCUUUGAUUUUUACCUAUUCCGAUUUAUAUUUCUACCAUUGCAAUGAUGGCUGAAAGAUUGAUUAUAUGUAUGGUGGUCUCAUUCCCACUGAGAUGUUUGCGUAAUACUUUUGUAUAUUAUCCAUUUAGCAUUGGCUGGAUGAUACUUAUGUGUGUGUGUGUGUGCAUGUGUAUGUGAAUGCAUGAAUGGCGGACGCAUCAAGCAGGCUAAGUGUAACUCUUACAGCAUAAUUAAUGUUGUGCCUUCCCUGCAUUACUUUGUGUUAAUCAAUUAGAUACAGUUGCCAUAUGAGUACUGGUUUAUGACAGUGCCUAUUACUGCCGAAACUAUUAUCACCUUUACCCUAAUACCACCACCACCAUCAUCACCACCACCUCUAAUCUCACCGCACAGACCAGCACCACACAACACCACAGUUUGGCUCCUUGCUCCCCCCCAUACUCCUGCACAGCUUGAUCUAGCAUUACAGUACAGCCUUAUUGAUCAUAUCCCUGUAACCUCAGCGUAACAUUUGGGGUCAGUGCAGAGUUUCUUUGUUAGUUCAGGACCUUUGUUAUAUUUUUCUGUGAGUUGGAACACAUUCUCUCUCUCUCUCUCUCUCUCUCUCUCUCUCUCUCUCUCUCUCUCUCUCUCUCUCUCUCUCUCUCUCUCUCUCUCUCUCUCUCUCUCUCUCUCUCUCUCUCUCUCUCUCUCUCUCUCUCUCUCUCUCUCUCUGUGACUCCAUAUUUUUUAGCAUGGAUUGAGAUGUAUCUUUGUGGUUAGGUAAGCCUGAGUAUGAGGAAGACUCCCCAGACAGGCCAUGCUGACUUAUGAAGUGUCUGAUGAGAAUGUUACAGUUGUUAUGGGAAGAGAAAGCUUUCCUGGUUAGUUCAUGAUUCUCAGUCUCAAGGUGUGAGAUAAGGAAGGCUCAGAGCGUUUUGUGCUGCUGUAUCUUGCAGUUUUGUGAAUGUGAAGUGUGUUGUAGAUAUUCUUUAUACAAUAAAAAGUAGGAAUUUUAAAAAGCAAGUCAAAUUUCAGUAAAGUAUAGAAACAAAUAAAAUCUACUAGUCAUAUAAGAUCAGGAUUUAAUUGUAUGAAAGCUCCCCACAUCUUUUUUUUAGGAAUUUUGCAUUAGCGAUGGUUAUAAUGGAAGCUGCCCAAGAAUGCUGAAUGGUGUGUGUGUAUAUAUUGCUCUAUAUAUAUCGGUCAGCAUGACUGCACUUCAUAAAUCCAAGAAUACCUAAAGUGUAACAUUGACUAUAUCUAUGUAACUUAUAUAGCUUAUAUUUUUGGUGGCAUAUAGUUUUGCUUUGUUUUUUAAUAUUUUUUCACCUCCUAGUUUCUCUUCUUUUUCUUCUUCACUUCUCACCCUCUUUAUUUCUCCUUAUUCUUCUUUUUCUCAGACUCAGUUUCUCCUCUUCCUCUUCUUCACUUCUCAGCUUCUCACUUUCACCUAUUCUUUAUCCUAGUUUCAUUUCUCCUUUUUCUCUUCACCUCUCCUUACUCUCUCAUUUUCCCUUCUUUCUCCUCUUCCUCUUCAUAAUGUCUCCUCAAUCUCAAGUUAUUCUCCUCCUACUCUUCAUUCUCAUCUCUCCUUCUCUUUUUUCACCUCUCAUUAUCCCUCUUCCUAACCUCUCAGAUACUCUUCCUCUUCAUUCUAGCUUCUCAGUUUCUCCUCUUCCUCUUCACCUGUCAUCAUUCUCUCACCUCUUCUUCUUCUUCCUCUUCACCUCUCCUCAGCCUGUCAAUUUCUCGUUUAUUCAUUUUAUUACAACCCUUCGUACGUUUCUAAAGUAUUUCGUACCGGUGUAUUUCAGUCCUGCUUUGCGCCAUCUAAUUAUCAGCGUCAUGUACUCUUUGUAAGUAAUGUAAAUACUAUACAAAUAUACAUACAUAUAUUCGAAUCGUAUACUAUAACGAGUGAUCAAAAGAAGUCAUAUGUGAAAAAAUAAAUAUGUGCAUGUGUCUGUAUGCAUGUGUGUAUCAUUUUAUGUAUGUAUGUGUGUGAAUACUAGUGUGCGAUUGUGUACAUAUGCAUACGGCAGCGAUGGUUAUGCUUAUAAAUAUAUACAUGUAUUUUUCUCUCCCCUGUGUUAUGAAAAAAAUGUUUAUCAAUGCAGAAUACAGUGGCAGACUCUA